AUGACUAGAAAAAGAGCAAUUGACAGUGUAAUUAAUGAUAAACCACAAGAAAAUCCUUCCUUCAGUAGAACUACCUGUAAAAAAAGAUUAAAAUUACAUUAUUAUUGUAAUGUAUGUAAUAGUAAGUUUGUGAAUCCACAUACAAAGGAACUACAUGAUAUGGAAGAUCAAAAUUCUUCUAGUGAAUCAGUCACAAAUUGUAAUAUAAAUACAAUUCAAGAAAACGAAUUUGAACUUGAAUCGGUUAUUGGCAGUGGAUCAUCUACAUCAGCUUCUUUAUAUCAAUUUGAUCAAAUUCAGCAAAAUGCAUAA